AUGGCUCGACGACCCGCCCGCUGCUACCGAUACUGCAAGAACAAGCCGUAUCCCAAGUCCCGCUUCAACCGUGGUGUCCCCGACCCCAAGAUCAGGAUCUUCGAUCUUGGCCGAAAGCGUGCCGGUGUCGACGACUUCCCCCUCUGUGUUCACCUCGUUUCCAAUGAGUACGAACAGCUGAGCUCCGAGGCUCUCGAAGCCGCCCGUAUCUGUGCCAACAAGUACCUUGUCAAGAACGCCGGUAAGGAAGGUUUCCACCUUCGUGUCCGUGCCCACCCUUUCCACGUCGUCCGUAUCAACAAGAUGUUGUCGUGCGCCGGCGCCGAUAGGCUGCAAACCGGUAUGCGUGGUGCCUACGGCAAGCCCAACGGCACUGUUGCCCGUGUCAACAUCGGUCAGAUUCUCAUGAGCGUCCGCACUCGUGACUCUAGUAUGGCUUCCUUCCCCUACCGUGCUAUCGCCCUCGAGGCCCUCCGUCGCUCGCAGUACAAGUUCCCCGGCAGGCAAAAGAUCAUUAUCUCCAAGAACUGGGGCUUCACCCCUCUCCGCCGUGAGGAGUACCUCGUCAAGAGGGAUGCUGGUCACGUCAAGGUCGACGGUGCCUACGUCAAGUUCCUCACCAACCGCGGCUCCCUUGCGCACAACAUGAAGGAGUUCCCCGACGCUUUCGAGGCUUAG